CCAAAAUGGGCGACGAUGACAAUAAGAGUGGUAUAUAUCGCCCAUGAACUAGGUUUAAGUUAGGUUUGCUUUUUAUGUUUUAACGGUCAUACAUCGGGCGCCUCGGAGAUACAAAAGUUAGCAGAAGCAUAUGUGAAAUGUAGCAGCUGUCUAGCGCGUGGGUGAUAAUGUCCGUUUUUUCCUGUCCAGCACAGGAGAUUGCAAGCUAGCCAGCUAGCGAAAAUCCAAAAGAUAAGCAGUAGACGCUGUACCGUUCUGCGCCACGAACAUGUAGCGAAAGCCCGCUAACUAUAACUUUUUUGAGUUGCUUGCCCAUCUAACGUCAAAGUUUAAAAUGCUUCGGGUUUCGUUUAGCUACAUUUUACUGUGCGGACAGAUUCUUUUGCUUCUGACCGUCGUCUUGUUGCAAUGUCUGGAAGGGAUCCAUUCGCAGAAUGCGACAAGUACACCUGUAAUCCGAGUUGGCACAGCCGCACUCGGCGACCAGGAAAACGGAACAAAUAAUAUCUCGCCAGCCGACAACGUGAGCGAGUCUCACCCCAACGCCUUGGAAUACAGACCCCCGUCGCCAGUUGUCCUCUGUAGCUAUCUGCCAGAGGAAUUUAUAUAUUGCCAAGAACCUGUCGACCACGCGGGGAAUAUGACGGCCUCUCAGGAACUGGGACACGGUUGCGUGAAGUUUGGUGGCCAGGCACACAAGGAUGUAAACCACACGCCAGUGAUUUGCACUGCGUUGGAGGGUAUCGAGUGUUCUGGGCCUCGAGAGUUUCUGAGAGGGAACGAGCCGUGUAUUAAGUACACCGGACACUACUUCAUAACCACACUGCUGUAUUCCUUUUUCCUCGGCUGUUUCGGGGUGGAUCGCUUCUGCCUGGGACACACCGGCACGGCGGUGGGAAAGCUGCUCACGCUGGGAGGACUGGGCAUCUGGUGGUUUGUGGACCUGAUUCUGCUCAUCACCGGAGGGCUGAUGCCCAGCGAUGGCAGCAACUGGUGCACUUUCUACUGAGCGGAGGCCCGCAGGGGUAGGAGGGAGGGGAUUAAGUGCUGUUUGGGUACUUAUGGCCUGUUUUCAGUCUAACCUCAAAAUACCUUGUUAACUUUGAGCAACAAGUUUAAGCAAGCACUACAUUUUUGUUGUUUGGCUUCUUGUAGGACAUUUUUCUUUCAUUUCAUUCAGUCUGAAUUCAGGCUGAGAUUGAAUAUUGGAUUAUUCCAAUAAUCACCCGAGAUCACAAAACGUCUACUUAGACCUGUAUUCAAGUGCUUGUCAAUUAGUAAAACAUCAUUUUUAGUGAGAGCCCAAGAACUUAGAAAAAUCACCAUUCAUUUUCUUGAAUUCUCCUGCCUGAAAGUGUGAAUACAGAUCUCCACAGAAGCAGUGUCAUGCUGGUCAAAAGUAGGGAAAAAGUGGGUUUCAGUGAUUCAAAUAUUUGAACUUGGGAAUCAAACAAUAUUCUAAUGUCACAUUAACAGAAAUCACAUCCCUAAUCUGAGUGACUGGCAAGCAUUGUGUAAAAAAUGGAAAAACACUUGCUUAAAUAAUUUUGUUGCACAGAGUUAGUCAAAAGCAAAAUGCAUGGUAGUUAGACUGAAGAAAGAGUACUGUAUGCAUUGUGUUUAUUUGCAUAUCCUGUAUCCUUUGAUGGACAUGAUAAAGAUUGUGGAACUUGGCUGUGCUGUCUGAAACAGACUGCCCCCACCUCAUGCAUUACUGUGUUGAUCCUUUGAUAAUGGAUAUUGAUGGUAUCAGGAUUUAGGUUAAUGCAUACAGGCACUGGCAUAAAAACACAGACUGAUACUGUAAUGUGAAUGAGGGAACUACAUGUAACAUGUCAGGGGAAUGGCAUCUGGAAACUGGUUCUUGUCUUUGCGAUUGCUCUCUGUGCUGUCAUGAUCACCUUAGACUAAAACAACACAAAUGUCUGUUUUACUCUACUUCAUGGUGUACACAGUUCUCACCAUAUGAUUGACAGCUUCAACCUUAUUGUACAGAACAGAAAACUGAUAUAUGAGACGCCUGACUGCUGUGCCCCUGCUCUUUCUCUGUAGUCAAAUUAGUGAGUCUGUGUUUGUGCCAACCACGCUGACAGAGAUGAAGCGACUUGCACGGGGGGUUGGAAGACACUCAGAAUAAACACUGGUUUGCAGAUGGUGUGGUUUGUUCUUUAUGACCCAACUCCAGUGCUCCCCUCUGCUGCCUGAACAUGUAAUGUGUUUGUCCAUGAUACUGUCUGACCAAUUCUGUGGAAGGACAUUCUUGUGUGUACAUAUAUAUAUAAUGUUGAUUAAACUUUGUGUUUAUAAUGUUCAGAGAUAUGCACUGUAUAUUAGAAGCCCGACAGUAGCAAACAAAAUUGUUUAAUCCACACUGUAGGUGGGAUGGCAGGAUGGAAAUGUUGACCUUGGGUUCAACUAGACCGUUAACCUUAAAAUUGUAAAAAUAUCUUAUUUCAUAUGAAAUGUAAAGUUUUGGUGAACUUUCAUAACUGUUUGAAGGAGGUUCAUGUUUGGAAAGAUGGAUGAAUGUUUAGGUCUUUGGGAGCAAAUUCUGUACUGUACCUCUGAGUCUGUCUUGUUCCCAUUAUUACCAGUGAAGCCACGUGCUGAAAAAGGACUGUUGCUUUGUGUACACUGACUCAGAGCCCAUAGAGUAUAAUUUCAGAUUUUCAGUGUUUAAUUUUGUACAGGUUUUAUGUUGUAAAGAGGUUGUGAAUAUAAGGUUUGUCCUCUGUAAAGCGAGGAGACAUUGAAAAUGAUUUUGUCCAUACAAAUGUUUUUGUUAUUGCACAGAUUGUUGCUUUUUUAGCUAACAAAACGAACCUUUGCAAAUUGAUUUCAAAUGAUACUUUUUCUGGAUUAUCUAGAGAAAUAAAUACAGUAAUAAAUUCAC